UCUUUUCUCUGUGUACGUACCACCCCGGCGUGGAAGUGGGCGAGAUUGGUGGCACCUCAGUGACGUCAGAGCCGAUCGUCAGGCGCAAACGGGGUUGCCCACCAAACUACGUUAGAAUGACGAGCCGAUAAACUAUCCAUCAGGGUUUUCUGCGGCGGGCGGGCCAACGGUCUUGGGGUGGCCGCCGUUGGUUUGGCCGACGAUGGCGAGCUCGGGGUCGGCUGUCGACGGGGUUGGUGUCGGCGUCGGCGUCGGCGAAAGUGAUGGUACGACAGGUGUACCCGGUGGCGGGCCCAGGAACCCUCUGAUCUGCGGCGUCUGCCAUGAUUAUUACAACGAGCCUUGUCUGCUAUCCUGCUUUCACACCUUUUGUGCUCGCUGCAUCCGUGGCCCUCACAUUGACGGAAAAGUCUCCUGUCCCAUCUGCGGGCAACAGAUGCAGCUAAAAGAUGGAGCACAACUACCACCGUCCGAUCAACUGAUACGUCAGCUAAUUGAGUUGGCAAACUCUAAGAAUCCACCAUGUGCCAACUGUGACAAGCGAGACAAGUCUACCAUGUUCUUUUGUACAACGUGUGGACAAGCUCUCUGUACACACUGCAGAGAACACACACACCGUGCAAAGAUGUUCUCCUCACACGAGGUGGUGCACAUGAGCAAAUGCACCAAAGAAACCCAACGGCGUUGUCCAACCCAUGGAGAACAGUACAUAAUGUUCAGCCAGAGCGCCAAAUGCAUGCUGUGUGCCACCUGUUUCCGUGAUACUCCAGCUGAAGCCAGGAUACACUGCGUGGACAUAGAAAAUGCUUGGCUACAAGCAUCGAAGAAGAUGGAAAGGGCAGUUAAUUCAAUCUGUGAACUACAGGCUGGCGUGAGGGAAGGAGUCAGGGCUUUGAAGUCACAGUUGGAAGAACUACGGCUCAGUUUAGACUCGGAGAAGAGAGCACUGAAUUCGUUCUGUCAGGGUAUGCAAGAAGCUAUCACCAAAACGCACGGAAAUGUUCUGACAGAGCUCCAAAGGCAGUUUGAGACUAAAGAAAGAAUGGUCCGGGGUCAAUUGCUUUCACUAGGUAGCGCACUUCCAGUAUUACAGAUGCAUUUGAUGUUGUGCACCGUGUUCACCAGCGGUGCGACGAAAUAUCAAUUUCUCGAGUUAGCUCAUCCGAUGCUGGAACGGUUAAGCCGCGUCGCCCAGCUGGGUCACCCACCCAGGCCGCCGUUAAUGACCGCCCAUCUGAAGGCCAACUAUAAAAAUGAAUUCGCCAGGGCGUUGCAACCAUAUGUAGGCCAGGCACAGACUCCGAAAGAGUCGUUGUACGAUCAAACUCACGGGAUAAUUCAGCAGGAACCGCCGGUGAUUCAGAGCAGCAAGGCUCCACAGAGGAUCCCAACAAAAGGCGGAAUUGACGGUGAACCAUUCUCCAAUCACUGUAGGACGUUCGACACUCAGCUGAAGGAAUUGAAUCAACAGUUGCUGUUGGUGAAGGAACGUUUAGGGGAGCUUCAUAGAGAUGUGGCUGUACUGAGGAGAGCCAACACUCCGCCAUUGGGUCUACGUUACGAGCAUGUGGCCAAAGAUUGUCGAAUGCUGGAACGACAAUUGGAACAUCAUCAGAUGGAAUUGGAAAGGCUUAGAAAUGUGUUUGACGGCUUGUGGGAUGAACAAUUGUGCAGGAUUCAUAUAGAAAAGGAAAUCUUUCACUCGCAGAUGAACGACAUACUAUCCCUGAGAAACCAAGUGAAACAACUACAGAACGCUGCGCAGCAGUUAGAACCGUUCAUAAAAUCGUUCGCAGCAGGGGUCACAGCUGGUGAAGUGAGCACAGCAGUCUCAGAUGCGGCUGGUAAUCAAGGUCUGCAAGUGUUGCUGGAUCACCUGGCGCGUUUACAGAUGCAGGAACCUCCGCAGCAGCCACAGACGCAGGCACCAACCAAAGAUCAUCGUCAUCCACCGCAACGUUCCACUGUCAACAGCGCAGACAAUGCUCUCUAUAUGAAAGAAACGAAAGAGGUGCCUACACGUUGUCGCACCCCAUCCGGAGUCGGCGCCAUGUUGGACUCCAGCGGAAACAUCAUGGUCUGCGGGACCGCGAAGUCUUCCGACUCGAAGAGAGGAGUGUUCAGUCAGCUGAAAGAGAAGGCUAGAUGUAAAGAGGACCGGAAGAAAUCGCCGGGGAGGGAGGAGGGUGGUCGCGAUCGUAGCCAGAGCCGGCGAUCAAGAAAAUCGCCGGACGGCUCGAAACCGAAAACACCGCCGGGCCAUUCGUCCGGCAGCAAGGUACGCUCGCUGUGCCGUUCCCUGAAGAGCGGCAGCGGCGACAAUUCCGCGGAAGGGCUCGACCAACCGGAACGAUACGCGGACACCCAGCAACCACAGUCACACACGACUGCAGGCGAGGAGGGAGAGUACCAGCGGAUUUCGGAGGCGUCGAGCAUGGGAGAGGCGAAGAAGCGCGUACAGGCGCAGGUGCACGCGGUGCCGGACGAGCAGCCGGUCCAGUCCAGCAAGGGCAGCAAGGUUUACCCGGCGAGCGACUCGGAGGACGUGUUCUACGCGGACGAGAAAGCGUCGACGGAGGUGAGGAGACACCGACGCGCGAGCUGCGACAGCCUGAGCACCACCGGGUCCGGGAGCAGGCGGUCGAGCAUCGCGGACGGGACGGUAGGUCAAUCCGCGCAGGAUCCAAGGAAAACGCUGGUUUUUUUGAUCGGGCCUACACCGAAGUCGUCGUCUCUGGUGCAGAAGCAGCGCUCCUGGGAAACGUUCCCGCGACUCAAGAGCAAACGCAGCACGGAGACCACGACCGCUUCGUCCCUCGGCCAGCUGAAGAAGUCGGACAGCUUCGAGGGGCACGAGGAGGCGGUGCGCACAUUGGUGGCGGCGGUGCAGGAGAACAGAUCGCAUGAGUACCAUCACUACAUGCAUCAUCGCCGCCAUCAUCGGAAGAGCAAAACGAAUUGAAUUCACGAUGCUCACACGGGGAUAGUCAGGGUGAACUGAAGGUUUGGGGAGCUUUUCUUCGCCGUCCCGACCGGAUAGCCGACGCGCUAGCAACGGUUGUCCAUGUCACCUGAAAAGAACGAAGCGGUCACUUCUCUGGUUCCCCCAUUUUUUAGGAUUGUUCGUAUGGAAAGGGUCGAAGCUUGUACUUACCUUUAGCAGAGCUAACGAAGGUGUUCGAUAAGUUGUUUUAGAAGUGUCCUGGUUAGAAGGUAGUCUACCAUGAACCAGAGUAAAAGGGAUUCUUUCUGUAAAGCAAAGGCGAGUAGAUGAGUAGAUCGAAGACUGAGAGCUUCUCUUUCGUUAGAAUCGAUGAGAAAUGGAUGAAAGAUUGCGUUUACGCCGGAGGCAACUAGUACAGAGGUUCAGUGAGCUUUUUUUAGAGGCUUUCAUUAAGUGGAUCGAGGUCCGAGACUGGUCCCGUGGGAACUCGAGGUAAUCAAAGAAGGAAAGCGAGGAACACUCGCUCGUCGACCAAGACUUUAAUUUGUAUUAUUUUUAAACUGGCUGAUCAAUGGCUGGAUGAAACAAUGAAUCUGAAACGCAAUGAUCACGCUGAAUCAACCGAAACUUGUUGGCUGAUGAUGAUUCACUGGACAUCCUCACUUGCCUGCGUGCCCGACUAUCCGGUGGGGAAUCGAAAACCCUCCAAACACCUAGCGUACAUUCGGGAAAGUAUUAUCGAAGGACUAUACCUUUCGAUCAUUAGUACACUGUUAAUUAGUAGAGGAAUAUUGUUACGCGAAAGGGUACUACGAGAUUCUUUUCGACCAUUUUGAGCGUUUUAUUAGAGAUAUAUGUACGGAUACGAUGAUCAAAGGGCAUUUCGCGUGAUGUAUAUAUACACGUGUAUUCGUCAAAAAGGAAACGGAAGAAAAAUGAAACGAAGAGGCACAAGAGAAAUCGCCGCACCUUCGAGGAAGCGCGUCCUUAAGAUGAAACUGCGGAUUUUAUGUAUCCAAACGCUGCGGGAAACGUUCGAUGAACCGCAAUCCUCGCAGGACGUUCGGAAAUCGUUGGCUAAAUGUUUUAUAUGCGAAUCAAGAUCGACGUUUCCGUUAAUCUAUGAAUUAUCGUGAGAAAGAGAAGCGAUUGAAAUCGAACGUUUACUUUCAGGGCUCGAUUAAGGUUUGCCCGUUGUAUCUGUUAAUCGUUUAAGUAUUUACACUCGCAUAAACAUCCGCAGCUUGUUAAAAAAAAACGAAACGCUACCAUACGAACGUGACACGCAAAUGGUUUUCGGAAUUUCGUUUCCUCGAAUCCCCCAUUCGUCGUGUUUUCUACUCCCGUUUUCCGUCUGAUCAGGGGUCGUUUCAGAGUUGACACAGCCGUCAGCGUAGAACGCUUCUCCGUUUUUUAUUGGAUAGCUUUUUUAUUGCACUUUGAAGCGCCGAAGGUCACGAAUAUCGCUGCCAAUAGUGUAAAAAGAAAAUUACAAAAAAAAAGAGAGAGAAAGGAAAGAGAAAAAUAAGGAAAAACAAUUACGCGUUGCCCGAAUAUACUCGUCGUCGACGGAAGACCUCCAGCGACGUUCCAAAAUGGAGACUCGCAAUUAGCGUGGACAGUUCUCCUCGUUGGUCAACCCUCGAAGAGCUAGGAUAUCUAAGAAUUCCUUUAUCCAACUAUUCAUUUAAUUGUGUCAACUUGCUCAUCUUCCUAUCUAACGUUUACAGAAUCGACAUUAAACCUUUUAGAUCUUGACGAAGAUUCCUAAUGGUUCCAUUUUAAUGGCGAUGUCGCGUCGAUUUCUUCUUGUUAAUUCUAUUCCAUUUAUUUCUAAAAGCACUACGAUAAAUUACGAGAUACUCGGAAUCAUGAACAAUCCUCUUGUUCGAGGGUUGAACGUGCGAGAAGAGGGCAAGGGUCAACCGAGUCCAAUACUGUAUCGCGAGUCUCCGAUGCUGCUCAAGAUGAAAUUCACCGAUCGAACUGAUUCGUUGUAAUUAGAGUUUAUAUACAUACUUGGUGACGUGGGGUACUUUAUACGGUACGUUAACAAGAAAAAGAAAGAAGGACAAUUACCACCGAGGAAUUUAUAGUAGGCUGCGCUCGAGUAACGUGUCAGGGGAGAUGAUUCCUUGCGGAAAGAUAAGAAAGAAUAAACGUUUUCGAACUUGAUUAUCUUGGAAAC